AUGGCCCAACAACGGGUACUACAACUUCCAAAGUUUGCUGUGGUGGAAGUUAUGAUCGAUCUGGAUGGCCGCGACCAGCUGAACAGCGAGAAAUGGGAAGUCCGCGACCAAUUCUGGCGCAGGGUCCUCCACCGCUUGGACGAGCUGUACCCCGAGAAUCAGUCGGAGGUACGCACGGUGAAUCACGUCAAACGAACGUGGUGUGCGCUGAAACAACGCGUCCUCGCCCGAGCCAAGACCGUGAACCGAGAGACGCUGCCGUCCGACCGCAAAGUGCUGUAUCUUCUGAAAGCCUGCGACACCUACGAGGAGGAUGCCCCAGUUAAUCUUAAGCGAUUGGAAAAGCUCGAGAGCGCCACAACCGGCGAAAACACCCCCUCUUCCAACUAUACAGCCAUGUCGGCAGGCGAUGUUACCUGUAAGUUUUGGGGGGUAAUAGGUUUGUGUGAAGGUAGGGGAAAUCAAAAUUCGAAAUUACGUAUUUUAUACAUUUUUUGAACUUUCUAGGUCUAACUUAUAUUUCUGAUGAUAUACACUUUAGAGUUGACCGCAUUUUCUGUUAAUCCUCGUUUUACUUAAUCGUCUACAUAUUAUUAAAGCAAUCAAUUGGCUUAUAUAAAAAAAAUAAAAAAUCCACGAUUUGCUUAAAUUGUGCAAUAUUAUGUUUUAUAAUACAUUUUUUCAUCUCGGGACCUACAUCUAAAAAAAGUAAGUUAAAGAUUGUUUUUACUUCCAACUAGAUACUAAAACUGGAGUUUGUGGCGGAGAAAGAGCAACCCUGGUCAACAAAGUGUGUGCGAACUGGUGUCUUCGAAUAAACAAACGCUCCCUAUAGUCAACGAGGAGAGGGAUGAUAGGAGAAAGGUAGGGAAGAGAGAGAAGCGAGACGGGACGGUCGCUCUCUCCUUCUCUCUCUUUAUAGUCAACAGACGGAAAGCACUUCGCGAAGGGAGGCAGGGCUUCUACUCUCCGUUCUUCUCCAGUUUAUUUCACGGAAUUCUUGUCACUUUAACGUGUUAUCAUCCUAUAUUUUUGUUCAUAUCUCAUUUUUAUGUUUUAGCUUUAAGCACCGUAUCAGGUAUUCUGAAGGAAGCGACUGGAAAUUCUGUGAUAAAUAUGUCGUCGGAAUAUUCACGUUGUGAUUCCCCAACAACUAUGGGCUUUCAAGGAACACCACAAGUUGAGGUAAAGGAGCCUUCGGAAGAAAGAACUUUGGAUUCCGUGUCAAAUACAUCAAGACAAGGAACACCUUCACAUUCAUCGACGCAAGGAACGCCCGUGGCAAAGGUGCCGAUACCUAGAACGUCGGUAUCAUUGGCAACGAAAAAGCUAAUGAUCUAUCAGUUUGAAAACGGAGCGACAGUAUCAAGCUUGGCCAAGGAGUAUAAUAUCUCAAAAAGUUGUGUAUCCAAGACUCUAAAACGGAAGAGUGACAUUCUUGACAUCGUCUCGACCCGUGAUGACGAGGAUAUGAAGCGAGUGCGACGUCCAGUAUCCGAACAACUCGAUUGUGAACUUCUUAAUUUUAUCGAUACUUGUAGACAUGACAAUGUCCAUAUUACAGGACCAAUCCUGAGGGUAAGGUGCCGUUCUCAUUUCUAUGUUGUUUUAGGAGAAGGCAUUAGAGAUAUCACACAAGUUGGACAUAAAAGACUUCAAAGCUUCGGAAGGAUGGUUGUCCCGCUUCAAAAUCAGACACGGGAUCAAGUUUAAACAGACGGCUACUGAUAAUGCAACGGACAAUUAUAUAGAACAACUGAACGAUUAUCUAGUUGAUCCAGAAGAUGACAUAGCCAACAUGACGAGGCAGGAUGAGCGAUUGGAGUUUGACGAAUUUAACCAAGGUUGUUACUUAAAUUUUGGUCAGAAAGAGAUUGCUAUAUCAUUAAACAGACUUAAAAGGUUAGGCCUAUUUACAGGUCAAUUGUCGUACUACUUUCGUACUUCUUUUAGGUUGAUACCAAUGUUCUCACACCAACCUUUAAAUUUGCAAAAAACCUAAAAUUUGCAUUUUUGGGUAGUUAAAAUUAUGAGAGUUGACUGCAUUAUUUUAACCUUUAUUUAUAUAUAAAUUUGUGUGAUUAUCGACGUAUGUUAACAAUUAAAUUUCAGUGCCCAAGAAUAUCGACCCGUUGUUGGAUGCAAUGAUCGUAUGUGGUGGUAGACAAGCCUUACCUAAGAAGCGCGCCAGUACAGUCAACGGAAAGGUAAGUUGAAGAAAUAUAUUAUAAAGCCAUAGAAAACAUUUGUUUUGGAAUGCUUUACCCAGUAGAUUAGAAAUCAGAUUUUAAAAAGUCAUAAUCAUGUUUUGAUAAAGUAACCCUCUUACUUUCAGCAAGAAUACCGACGUUUCUGGGACAAAGUACACAUGGUACUCCAAUUCAACACUCAAUGUACUGGCCGUUCCGUGCUCAGCUUCCAACGUGCUUGGUACAAUAUCAGAAUGCACUAUAGUGUAAGUUCACGUACAGUAAACUAAGAUUGGGAUUUAGAAUAAGGAAAAACGGGGAGAUGGAGAUCGGUCAUUUCAAGCACGAAAGGCCUACUACCUGAUGAGAAUUCUGAGCCAAGAACAAGCCAAGCUUAACAUCGACAAUGGAAUCGUGUACGAUCUCCUGAAUCCAGACGACAGCCAAGCCAAUGGUAAGUUACUCUGAAUAUCUUCGUAAAUGUAGUAGAAGUUUAGCGAUUAGUGUUAUGGAAGACUUAUGGAUGUUGUUUUAGGUUCACGAUGCGAAGUAAUCAAACAAGAACCCCUCGAUCUGACUCAGCUGAUCAUGAACGGUCUAAACCAACAGCAACAACAAUACGACGAAGACAUCGUGGAGGAUGAUGCUUCCUCAUCAGUGUACGACGCCUUGAACUCCAACGAGAACGGUGACCUUCUGACGGCCUUAUCCAAGAGCGACGCCUUCCCAGACGAAUCAGAACUCAGACAGAAGCUUCUGGUGUGCCAGAUCGAACGAGAAAAGGCUCAAACCGAACUUCUGAAGGCUCAGAAGCGUCUGAUCGAAGCUCAGCUGAACGGUGUCUUCAAUUCUGAAGAGCUGCCCAUUCUCAGAGACAGCAAAAGCGUCAUGGACAACUUCUAG